AUGCGUUCCGCCGUGAGGGAGGAACAUCAAGAGAUGGAAGCCUUGGAACAGUACCGAGCCAUGCUCGACGUCGCCAUAGCCGAAGCACGCACAGGUCUAGGCGAGGACGGCAUCCCGAUCGGCGCCGCGCUGUUCGAUGCCGGGGGGCAGCUCCUGGGACGCGGGCGCAACCGCCGCGUGCAGGAGAACGAUCCUUCGGUGCAUGCGGAGACUGAUGCAUUCCGGAAGGCGGGACGGCAGCGCAGCUACCGCGACACGAUCAUGGUGACCACUCUGGCCCCGUGCUGGUACUGCAGCGGCCUGGUCCGCCAGUUCAACAUCGGCACUGUGGUGGUGGGCGAGACGGUGAAUUUCCAGGGCGGGGUGGCGUGGCUGCGCGAGAAUGGUGUCCAAGUUGUGGAUCUCCAGUCUCGGGAAUGCGCCGACAUCCUCUCGAGCUUCAUUGCGGCCAACCCCGCGAUCUGGAACGAAGACAUUGGCCACGACCUAGAGACGCCAAACCCUAAUUCUUCUGGGGCCGGCCCUUGA